AGUUGCCAGUUGACGCUCGCAUGAUUCACAUGCAAAAAAAAAAUAUAUAUUAAGCAAAUGUAUUUAUAAAAUAUAAAAGGUAUCGCGAAUUCGGAACAGUUAACUGUAAACCUGAGUGCGGGCGUUGCAUACGGAACGAAAAGUUGAAUUUUUGAUUUUCACUCUAACCCAAAUAUCAGGAAGCACAUUUGUGGUCAACUAGUUGAAGUGCCAAAAUAGCGCCACAAAUCAAAAUAAACGAUCGAUAAACAACGUAAAAUAAACAUCUUUCGGAGCUGCAGCAGGGCGCGGGGCAAAGCAAGCAGCAACAUGUCGCAACAGCUGCUUCCAAACUGUAACGGUCACUGUUUAGCAGUUACUUUCCUUGUGUUUGUUAUUAUUGCGGCGUUUGUGGGCAAAACCAGUGCAUCCAGUCAAAUAGACGUGGACGAAGAUCUGAAACACUUGAUCGGCCGCUGUCACAGAGAUGAAGCGAAUCUGGAUGCGUACAACGAUUGCAUGAAACAGGUGUUCAACGAUCUGCGCGCCUAUUUCACAACAGGUGUGCCCAGUUACAAUAUUCAGCCCUUUGAUCCGCAUCACUCGUCGUUUGUCGAAUUGCGUCGGGGCGAUCCGCACGGCCCGGGCAGCUUAAAGCUGAUCUUGCGCAAUGUCUCGGAAUACGGCUGGUCGCACUCCGAGGUGACGAAAUUUCACAGCGAACCCAAAGAUCAGCGCAUCGUCUAUGCGCAAUACUUUCCCGAGAAGAGUCUUGAGGGUGAAUACGAGUUCCUCGCCAAGAUACUGGGCACCGAGCUGCGACGACAGGGUCAUUGGAAUCUGACGCUCUACGACUACAGUCAAACGACGAGCGUACGACGCGUGGGCGAACCGGGCUCACUGCUCAAGGUGCAUAUGGAGGUCGAUCACAUUGGCCGCAUGGAGUUGCAUAUAGGGAAUUUGUUGCAGGGACAACCAUUGAAUCAACUGGCCGAUGGGGUCAUCAACAGCAUGUGGCAACUGGGCCUGCCAUUUGUUCGACCGAUGAUCAAUGAACUGGUGAGCACGGCAUUCACGGAUAUAUUCAAUGAAUCCUUCCGUUACUUUCCGCUCGAAAAAUUUCUUAGCUAG